AUGGAGAAUCAAACUACUGUGCUUUACUUUCUGCUCAUGGAAUUCUCAAACAAUCGGUACCUGCAGCUUCUACAUAUUUUCUUAUUCUUCAUAUUAUACCUGGCAACAGCAAUGACAAAUCUUUUCAUCAUCACUGUAAUAGCUUUUGACCAUCAACUGCACAACCCCAUGUAUUUCUUCCUAAUGAAUUUGGCUUUGCAAGACCUGGGCAUUGUUUCAGUCAUUGUCCCCAAAUCCAUGAUAAAUUCUCUUAUAGGCACCAGACAAAUCUCUUACUUUGGUUGUGUUGCUCAAAUUUUUCUCUUUAUCUCCUUUGAAGCAUUUGAAUUGUCCCUCCUGACAGUCAUGGCAUAUGAUCGGUAUGUUGCCAUUUGCCGUCCACUGUACUAUGAAUUGUUGAUGAAUUGGAAAGUCUGCAUCAAAAUAGUGAUUCUGGUGUGGGUUACAGGUAUACUCUAUGGAAUGUUGCACACCACUGGAACUUUUUACAUCCCUUUGUGUUCUAAUGUUGUCAACCAGUUUUUCUGUGAAAUUCCACACUUGCUAAAUCUUGCCUGCUUUGAUUUCAAUCUACUUGAAAUUGGAUUGCUUGGAAUUAGUAUAACUACAGGACUUGGUUGUUCUAUUUUUAUUAUCAUCUCCUAUGUUAUGAUCUUCAAGGUGGUGCUAAGAAUCCCUUCUGUGAAAGGAAGGCAGAAGACCUUUUCUACUUGUCUUCCACACCUGAUAAUCUUUUGUAUUCUUUUGAAUAUUGGAUUUAUUAGUGAAAACAUGAGAGCAUAUAGCAGCCUGGAUGAAGAAUUAAGAGUUCCUAAUUAUAGUACCACAAUGUUUUCAGGAUGUUAUAGUAAACUAUCACCAAUCAAAACAAUUUAUUUACCACAUUUCAAGAUCUCAACAGAAUUGGUGAUGAUUAUUGGAUUCAUUAGUGAAGGCACAACAGUAUAUAGUGCAGUAAAUACUUGGUUCAUUUCAGAUGAAGAAUUAGUUGGCAAUAUCAGAGAAGUAUUGGGCAAAUAUGCACUUGAAUAUUCACCAUAUGAGUGUGGGAAUGCUACAAUGGUUGUAAAUGUAAGAAAUGAUUGA